AAAAUCAAUAUUCAUUAAAAGAUUUAAUGGACAAAAAGAAGUAAUGUAAACAAAAAAAGAUAGCAAGAGUAAUAGGAAAAGAAAUAAAAAAAGAUUGGUAGUAUAAUAAUGUCCCCACCAUGACAACGUAUAAAAAAAUUGAAAGAAAAAUAAUACAUACCAUUACAGCAAGAAACCAAAUCAUGAAUCUCUCCUAAAACCAACUAAGUAACAGCCUGUCAUCUUUCAUCAGUUGUUUGUUUCCAUACAAAGCAAUCACACUUUCUUUCUCACUUUUGUCAAACAAACACACCAUAUAUAUAACUAUUACUUCCUCUCUAUCUCAUUAUUCAUUCCAUUUAACUAAGAUUCAAACUUUCAAUUCUCUCUCUCAAACCCACCCAAUCAAUGGAUCCGUGCUCCUAUGUACGGAUACUCAUCGGAAACCUUGCAAUCAAAUCACCAGCAUCAUCAAAACCAUCAUUCUCCGGCAAAGUUCAUCCUUCAAGUUCAACUUGUUACUGUGAAAUCAAGCUCAAAGGUGUUGAUUCUCCACCUUGCCACGUCGCAACAGUUCCUCUAAUAUCAGAAUUAGACUCACUUCCUCAUUCUCUAGCUACUACCUUUGAUUUCCCAAAAUCACAAAUCUCAAACUUCAAAAACCCUUUCAUCAAAAUCUCUGUUUUCAAAGCAACCACAAAUCCUUCAUGUGUUUUCAAUUCUGCUAAAUUAUUGGGAAUUAUUUCAAUACCACUUGAUCUUGCUUCAGUAGAAUCACGUCCUUGUUCUUUUCACAACGGUUGGGUCUCUCUCACUCGCAACAAAAAUCAAAAUCAAAAUCAAAAUCAAACUCAAUUAUUGCAUUUAACUGUACGGGCUGAACCGGAUCCGAGAUUUGUUUUCCGGUUCGACAGUGAACCGGAGUGUAGUCCACAGGUUUUUCAAGUAAAAGGAGAAGUGAAACAACCGGUUUUCACUUGCAAAUUCAGUUUCAGAGACAGAAACCCGGUUCAAUUUCCUUCAACGAAUGCAAAUUUAGUAGCGGAUCGAAAAGGAUGGUCUAUUACAAUACACGAUUUAUCAGGUUCACCGGUUGCGUGUGCUUCAAUGGUUACACCUUUUGUUCCCUCACCCGGUUCACAACGGGUCAGUAAAUCAAACCCGGGAGCUUGGCUCAUUAUCCGACCCGAUGGAGAUGGUACAUGGAAGCCAUGGGGUCGUCUUGAAGCUUGGCGCGAACCUGGUAACUCAAACUCCGUCGGUUACCGUUUCGACGUUCUUCCGGCCACCACUGACCCGGUAACACUCGCCGGAUGUACUAUUAGUUCACAGCAUGGAGGUAAAUUCACUAUUGAUGUCACUUCAGGUGUUACUCCGGCAAGUACACCAAACGGAAGCCUGGAUCUUAGCUCAGGGUCGGGUUCUCGAGCCGGGUCAGGAUCCGGUUCGGAUUUCUUCAUUGAGAAUCAGUUUUUGUACAGAGGUUUUGUGAUGUCGGCGAGAUUUGACGGUGAAAAAAAGUGCAGUAAACCGGAGGUGGAGGUUGGAGUGAAGCACGUGAAUUGUGCGGAGGAUGCUGCGGCAUUCGUUGCUCUUGCAGCAGCCAUGGAUUUGAGCAUGGAUGCGUGCAAAUUGUUCUCUGAGAAACUAAGAAAAGAGUUACGGCAAUAGAUUCGGGAUUCUGUCGUUUUGCUUGCCUAUUAUUAUUAUUAUUGUUGCUGACUGUAAAUUUUGGCAUCAUUUUUUUUUACUGACCUUUAUUAAGGUUUAAUUUUGAGUUAACAAUGUACAGCCACGGAUUAUUUGUCAGGAUUAGUUUUUAAACAUUUUUGUUAUAAAAUUAUGAAAUUUUGAAUUUA